CUCGUUAGCUUCGUCCCGCUCCUCACUACGUCGUCACACAACGAACCGUACGAACAGCUAACGAUUACUACAUUUAUGUUUUAUUUAAUAGUUCGAUAAUAUUAUACAUAAUAACUAUUGUUAACUGCUCAGUGCUCAAUCUUAUGACUGUCUUGUAUUGAACAGCAUCGCCGCGGCGUUCACGUCUCUCUCAAAAAAAAAAAACCAUGGGAAACACGUGCACUGCAUCACUUUUACAACGACCGCCAUGUUGGAUGAUCAGCAAAUUGCUAUCCCGGUGAACCGUACCGACGACUGCCAUGCCGAUCAGCCGCCAAAGGACGACGCCGCAGCCGCCACAUGCCCAAUACAGCCGCUGAAGGACGACGCGUCCUGCCCCAUACCGCCGCCGACUAACGAAACCAAAAUGUCGGAUGUCGGAUUGUUGGCAGAGAAAGAUGACGCCUCUAGUUGCACACCGCCUCAAAACUAUGAUGCCAUCUUCGCACCGGUGCCAAAUACUGACGAUGGUCGCACAUUGCCGCCAAAGGAAGACGCUAGCUCCGCACCUCCACCGUUGGACGACAUUGCACCCCCAGCCUGCCUAUCACCGUUGCCUUUGGACGAAACAGUCCUCAUUAAGGCCAACAACGUUCUUGAAAACGCUGACAGAUCGAAAAUGCCUAAGCAUACCAAAAAGUAUAUCAAUAACUCAUUUAAAAAUAUUACCAUGCCACAUUUAGUUUUUUUUGAUAAGAUUAACUCCAAAAGACUUAUCAAAUUUUAAAUGUGGCUUACAGAAAAAUAAGGUUGACACACCCAAAGAAGAUGUUCAUAAACUCAAAGAAGAUGUAGUACAUAGCAAGACGAUAAAACAUCUAAUGACGAUACAUUGUCUAAAACUGAUACAACAACUACAGUCGUUGAGCCUCC